AUGGCAGGUCUUAAUGUGUCCCUCUCCUUCUUCUUUACCACCUUCGCCCUCUGCGAGGGGGUCAGGCGGGCCUCCAAGGCCCUGCUCCCAGUGGGCGCCUAUGAAGGCUUCGCCCGGGAGGCGGUGGGCGCCGUGCAGCUCGGGGCCUGCUGCCUGGAGAUGAGGACGCUGGUCGAGCUCGGGCCCUGGGCUGGGGGCUUUGGGCCUGACCUGCUGCACACCCUGCUCUUCCUGCUCUUCCUGGCGCACGGGGUCACCUUGGACGGGGCCUCGGCCAACCCCACCGUGUCCCUGCAGGAGUUCCUCAUGGCCGAGGAGUCUCUGCCUGGCACACUGCUGAAGCUGGCGGCACAGGGGCUGGGCAUGCAGGCCGCCUGCACCCUGACACACCUCUGCUGGGCCUGGGAGCUCAGCGACCUGCACCUGCUGCAGAGCCUCAUGGCCCAGAGCUGCAGCUCGGCCCUGCACACAUCCGUGCCCCACGGGGCACUUGUGGAGGCCGCCUGCGCCUUUUGUUUCCAUCUGACCCUCCUGCAUCUGCGGCACAGUCCUCCCACCCACAGGGUGCCGGCUGUGGCUCUGCUGGUCACCGUCACGGCCUACACGGCUGGGCCCUUCACGUCCGCCUUCUUCAACCCUGCCCUGGCCGCCUCUGUGACCUUUGCCUGCUCGGGACACACCUUACUGGAGUACGCGCAGGUGUACUGGCUGGGCCCUCUGACAGGGAUGGUCCUGGCUGUGCUGCUGCACCAGGGCCGCCUUCCCCGCCUUUUCCAGAGGAACCUGUUCUACAGCCAGAAGAACAAGUACCGAGCACGAGGGAAGCCGGCCCCGGCCUAGGGGGACACCCAGACCCCUGCAAAGGGGUCCAGUGUCCAGGAGCCUGGGCGCAGCAGUGGUGAGGGGCCGCAUUCCCGCUGA